AUGGAUCUGUUCUGUGAACGAAGUUCUGCGGCUCUUCAGGAGACCAAGGAAAUAAAGUGGAAAUCUAAACUACAUAACUAUAUCCGCAGUCAGACGACAGUCAGUAGAGUCAAAAGCAGACAGUCAGCGACUGAAACAAAGGCACUCGGACAAUCUCUUGAGACACUCCUUUCCCAGAAAUGUGGACGAGCAGCAUUUCGAGCCUUUUUGAAGUCUGAGUUCUGCGAGGAGAACCUAGAUUUCUGGCUCGCCUGUGAAGAGUUUAAAACCAUCAAAAGAAGAGAGCAGCUAGCUAGGAAAGCGAAAAGCAUUUAUGAGGAGUUCAUCAGGACUGAGUCUCCUCGACAGGUUAACUUGGAUUUCUACACAAGAUCAGACACAGCUCAGUACCUGGACUCGGGUAGCCCAUCUUGUUUCAGUGCGGCACAGAAGAAAAUAUAUAACCUGAUGGAGAAUGAUGUCUUUCCACGCUUCAUUCAGUCUGACUACUGCAAGAACCUGUUUGCCACCGCCUCCAGGCCGGAGAGCCUAGGGAAGCAUCGCAAGGCCUUUAAGUCAAAGAACAAUGUAAUUCCAGGAAGUAACAGAGUCUCUUUUCCAGAAACAAUUUCUGAUGCCAAAGGCCCUGUGGAAGAGUGUUGCACUGACACAGGAACAGACAUAGUGCAGACACUCUCCCUUGCCAAAGAUGUGACUUUACAAGCUAGUGACUAA